UUGUAACGUUCUGCACGUUUAAUAUUUGUAUUAUAAUUAGAAAUACAGUGUUGUCCCAGAUAUAAUACAUUUAACAGAUAUUUUGUGUAAGGGUAGAAGUUAUUAUUGUUUAAUUCAACCUUUUUGUGAGUUUAUUUACUGGCUAACAAGCUAGCUAGCUGAGUGUGCUAGUCGAUUACAAGCCAGCUGAAGAAUGUCAGACUUUGAUGAAGAUGAAGUGCUGAAAGCGGAGUCUGAGGAAGAGCAGCGAGAAAGGGAGGAUGAUUAUGGAAACAAUGACAAUGAGAUUUUAACACGUAAAGACCGGAUUGAGCCCUGUCCACUAACCCAAGACACCUUAGCCAAAGGCUUAUCCUUAUUGUGUCGCACUGGAAACGGCCUGGCCCAUGCCUAUGUCAGACUUGACCUUAAUAACAAGGGUAUGACAGACUUGGCCUUGGUCAGCUCCUUUGUCCAUCUGCGCUACUUGGACAUCUCCUCUAAUAAUUUGACAGACCUCUCUCCAUUGGCUGCCCUCACCCAGCUGCUUUGGGUGAAGGGAGAUGGUAACCUGAUUGAAAGGUUCGAUGGAGAGAUGUUUGGCCAGCUUAAUUACCUACAGUGGCUCAGCCUAGCAAGCAACCGUAUAUGUGAUGUGAAGGGCUUUGGAGGUCCAGCACUGGAGACCCUUAAUCUCAUUGGCAAUGGUAUUCAGACAAUGCAGGGUUUGGAAUAUCACAACCUGACCAAUCUGGUGACACUUGAACUUAGAGGAAAUCUAUUGGAAACUACAGAUGGCAUUUACCUCCCCAAUUUACGUCACUUGUACCUGGCUCAGAACAACAUAGCGCGAUUGGAGGGUCUGGAGAAGCUUGAGAAACUAAACACGCUUCACCUCAGAGAUAACCAGUUAGAAACGCUGGAUGGAAUCAGCCCCAGGCUGAAAUGUCUCCACUAUCUUAAUAUCAGGGGUAACUUUAUAUCUUCUCAGAGGUCUUUGCAAACUCUAGCGAGUGUGGGGCAAACACUGAGGACCCUUGUGCUUUUGGACAACCCUUUAGGAAAGAAUGGGGAUUACAGGCUCUAUGUGAUCUCUCAUCUCCCCCACCUGGAGCUACUGGAUAAGGAUCCCAUCACUGAAGGAGAGAGGUCUGAGGCUCUGGAGAAACUCAAGGAAUUACAGGAUGAGGAUCAAGAAGAUAACUGAAAUCACAACCUCCAAAAUGCAACUGUAAAUAUAAUUGUUUAUUCAAUAAAAUGUAUAUUAAC